AUGAAGUUCUCUCUCGGAGUUUCCCUCCUGGCCACGCUCGCUAGCGCCGUGUCUGUUGACAUGGCCAAGCGCGACACCUCCCCUCUCGACGUCAAGCUCGAGACCGUUGGCAACUCUGGUGUCAAGGCCGUGCUCACUAACACCGGUGCCUCUGCCCUCAAGCUCUUCAAGACCGGCACUAUUCUUGACACUGCCCCUGUCGAGAAGGUCGAGGUUUUCGCUUCUGGUAACAAGGUUGAGUUCGAUGGUGUCCGUCUCCUGAUGGCCACCUCCGGCUUGACCGAGGAAGCUUUCCAGGUCAUCGGCGCCGGCGAGUCCGUCGAGGUCGAGUUCGAUGCUGCCGAGCUCCACGAUCUCAGCACCGCUGGCGAGAUCGACAUCGUCAGCUCCGGUGCCUUCUCUUACGCCGAGGCCGACUCCACCGAGCUGGCCGGCACCAUCCCCUUCUCCAGCAACAGUGUCCACACUGCUGUCAACGGCGAGGAGGCCUCUGCUGUCCGCGCCCGCUUUUUGGCCAAGCGCACGGUCGUUCAGUCCGACUGCACUGGCACCCGCCGCACCGCUACUGUCAACGCCAUCAGCCGUUGCCGCUCCCUCGCCGUCGCCGCUUCUUCGGCCGCUGCCUCUGGCCCUGCUGCUCGCAUGACUGAGUACUUCAAGUCUUCCACCACCGCUACUCGCAACACCGUCGCCACCGUCUUCUCCAGAAUCGCCAGCGAGUGCGGCAGCACCACCUCUGGUGUUUCCCGCCAAUACUGCACUGACGUUUACCCUGCCUGCUCCAGCGGUGUCAUCGCCUACACACUGCCGUCCCAAAGCUACAUGGUUAACUGCCCUCUCUUCUUCACGAUGACCGCGGCAUCUAGCACUUGUCAUGCCCAAGACCAACAGACCACCUUGCACGAGAUGACUCACCUUACCCAGAUUAGAGGCACUUCUGACUACGGCGGUUACGGAUACAACUUCGUUCGCUCUCUCAGCGCUUCGCAAAACCUCAACCAUGCUGACACUUACACCCUCUUCGCUCAAUCAAUCUACGCCGGAUGCUAA